GGGGCUGAGGAAAAGGCUUCCUCUGUGGAGAUUGCAAUCUGGCCUGGGUUCCCGCCCCAGGAACACAGGAACCAUGUCGGAGACUGUGCUCUGCCUUUCUUGCUCCCAGGGGCAGGUACAACAGGCUGAAACCAGGCAUCCAAAAAAGAUAAGGGGAUGACUCCAGCAGAACGCCCCACCCCUUUGAAGAACUCAGAGGAAGAUGUCAGCCCAGUCCCUGCCUGCAGCAACACCCCCUGCCCAGAAACCCUCUCGGAUCGUCCGCCCCCGGCCGCCUUCCCGCCCACGGGCUCCCCACUCCCCAGGGCCUUCUCACAAUGGCUCUUCUCCACAGGCACUUCCCCGAACCCCCAGUGAUGCACUGGCUCCAGUGUGCACCCCCAUUUUCUGGGAACCCCCAGCCACAUCCCUGAAGCCCCCUGCCUUCCUGCCCCCAUCAGCUUCUAGAACCAGCCUCGACUCCCAGCCUUCCCCAGACUCACACUCCAGCACCCCCAGUCCAGGGUCCAGGCGCUCUGGCUCCCCAGAACCUGCUGUCUGUUCUCCAGUCCCCCCACCCAAGCCUUCUGGGUCACCCUGUGCACCUCUGCCCCUGCUCCCCGAGGAUGGGGGGCUGAAGCAAGAUGCUCCUGCCUCGGCCCCUGGCACCGUGCGAAGACUGGCAGGCAGGUUUGAAUGGGGGGCUGAAGACAGGGCCCAGGCUGCAGGCUCUCUGGAGCGGGGCCCCUCAGUGGGGGCAGACGUGAAUGGAGAGAGGAAGGAUGCUGCUGGCCACCCGCCCCAGGAGAAUGGUGCUCUGGAUGCUGUCCUGGCCUGCCCUCCUCGCUGCCCUUGUGUCUGCCACAUUGGCCAGCCUGGCCUGGAGCUCCGAUGGAUGCCCGUGGGCAGCUCCGAGGAUGGCCCCAGAGUGCCCUGCAGGGCCUCCCCGCUGCGCGCCUCCCGCUCCCGUCCUAACCCCCCCAGCGUCAGCCACCCCGCAGUCGUCCUCACUUCCUACCGCUCCACUGCUGAGCGCAAACCUCUGCCACCCCUCAAGCCCCCCAAGCCAACUAGGAUCAGACAGGACGCCGCCGUCUCUGAGGACCCCCCACAGCCAGAUCUCGAUUUGCCUUCUGAAGAUGGAAUCCAGACAGGGGACAACCCUGAUGGCGCUGCUCUGAAUCAGAACCCUUUCCCUGCAGCCACGGAGGGAAGGGAUGAGGAGGGGGCUGAGGGGCUGAAGGAGCAGAACUGGGAGCUGCCCCUGCAGGACGAACCUCUCUACCAGACCUACCGAGCAGCAGUGCUGUCAGAGGAGCUGUGGGGGGUUAGUGAGGACGGGGGUCCCUCUCCAGCAAAUCCCGGGGAAGCUCCCGCCUUUACACGACCACCCGGGCCUCGAAACACCCUGUGGCAGGAGCUUCCAGCUGUGCGAGCCAGUGGCCUCCUGGAGACGCUCAGCCCCCAGGAGAGGCGCAUGCAAGAGAGCCUGUUUGAGGUGGUGACCUCGGAGGCCUCCUACCUGCGCUCCCUGAGGCUGCUGACCGACACCUUCGUGCUGAGCCGGGCGCUCCGGGACACGCUCACCCCGAGGGAUCACCACACGCUCUUCUCCAACGUGCAGCGUGUCCAGGGAGUCAGCGAGCGGUUUCUAGGGACAUUACUGUCCCGGGUGCGUUCUUCCCCCCACAUCAGUGACCUGUGUGACGUGGUGCACACCCACGCGGUGGGGCCGUUCUCCGUGUACGUGGAUUACGUCCGGAACCAGCAGUAUCAGGAGGAGACCUACAGUCGCCUCAUGGACACGAACGUGCGCUUCUCCGCGGAGCUCCGGCGGCUGCAGAGCCUCCCCAAGUGCGAGCGGCUGCCGCUGCCCUCCUUCCUGCUGCUGCCCUUCCAGCGCAUCACCCGGCUCCGCAUGCUGCUGCAGAAUAUCCUGCGCCAGACGGAGGAGGGAUCCAGUCGCCAGGAAAACGCCCAGAAGGCCUUGGGUGCGGUCAGCAAGAUCAUCGAGCGCUGCAGCGCCGAGGUGGGGCGCAUGAAGCAGACGGAGGAGCUGAUCCGCCUCAGCCAGAGGCUGCGCUUCCACAAGGUCAAGGCGCUGCCGCUGGUCUCCUGGUCCCGGCGCCUGGAGUUGCAGGGGGAGCUGACGGAGUUAGGGUGCCGCCGUGGGGGCGUGCUCUUCACCUCCCGCCCCCGCUUCACUCCCCUCUGCCUGCUGCUCUUUAGUGACCUGCUGCUCAUCACUCAGCCCAAGAGUGGGCAGCGGCUGCAGGUUCUGGACUAUGCCCAUCGCUCCCUGGUGCAGGCCCAGCAGGUUCCAGACCCAUCUGGACCUCCUACGUUCCGCCUUUCCCUUCUCAGCAACCACCAGGGGCGCCCCACCCACCGGCUACUCCAAGCUUCCUCCCUGUCAGACAUGCAGCGCUGGCUGGGAGCCUUCCCUACUCCCGGUCCCCUGCCCUGCUCCCCAGACACCAUUUAUGAGGACUGUGACUGUUCCCAGGAACUGUGUUCAGAGCCAUCUCCGCCUGUCAAGACUGAGGGACCCGGUGUGGAGUCCAGAGCUCCUGCCAAGCAUCUGCACAAGAGUCCCGAGGGCUGGCUGAAGGGGCUUCCUGGGGCCUUUCCUGCGCAGCUGGUGUGUGAAGUCACAGGGGAACACGAACGGAGGAAGCACCUUCGUCGGCACCAGAGGCUUCUUGAGGCUAUGGAGCCCUCUUCGGGCACCCCCCAGUGACCCUUCACCCUAAUGCAGGCUGGGGAGGAGGCUGGCAGCGUGACACUGAAGGGGACAGAAACCAUCCAUCCAUCCAUUGGAUUCUCUGUCAGUGGAAACACUACCUCUAGUGACAGCCAAUCGGGACUGAGCUUCCAGAUGGAGCAGCCAAUGAAAAGGCCUCUGAGCUCACCGCAGUGAGGAUGAGGAUGGCUUCAGUGGUUGCCAGUGGAAACAGAGGCAAAGUAGAGAGCAGCUGAUGGGCACGGAGCUGGCUGAGUCCCUGGCAAGUGGGUAUCCUUGCUACGUUCAUAGCCAAGGAAGACACCGAUGGACCAAUUCAGUUCAAACCAAAGCAAACCACUGAUACAGAGAUAAAGUCCUACAGCCAACAGAGAUGAUCGGAGACCUGUCCAGCCACAGAAGAUCAUGAUCCGGGCCCAAGAGACCAGCGGUCACUCGGCUUGUUUCUACAACCGCCACCAGUUCUGCGCUGGAGUCUGAGAAGUGUUAGGUUUCAUUCCUAGGAUACCGCCUGUGCCCUCUCAAGUCAUUUCCUCACUUCAGAAGAAUCCCGCACCUGUGUCUCAAAGCCUCUGUGUCUGUGCACCUGUGAGGUAUCAGGGAAGGCUGUUCUGCCGAUCAGGGGAUGUGUGGUGGGAAAGGCAUUAGGUCUGAGUUCAGGAAGAGCAUAUUCUGGGUGUAGCUUGGCGAGGAGGCCAAUCUGAGGGUGAAAGUCGUGGACUGGGUCUCUUGUGGCACAGGGUUCCAUGACAGCUGGACGGUGAUGCUGUGGAGUGGUCAAGCAACCUGGCAAAGGAGCUCAGGGGCAGAAAGUGGCCAGAAGCUGGGGCUCAGACCCUUAAACCUCCACACCAUUCUCUGCCCCAAACCCUGGUCUCCACAGUCCCACUUUGCAUGUCCCCCAACUUGGAUUAUUAUCAUUUAGCAACCUCAGUCUUGGGCCGAAGAACAUUCUAGAUCCCAGGUUGGGUUGAAGACCUGGAAGCUGUGAAUCACAGGCUGGCUUCUUGCCUCUUCCCUGAUCCUCCCACAGAAUCAGGGGGCUGAACAGUGGAGAGCUGGAGGUGCUGCCCAGCCCAGAGCAGAGCAUCUGCUCCCAGAGGAGGUGAAGGCUGGACACAGCUGAGCAGACAGGUGCUGGGAGGUGGGGAGCCACGCCUGGAACAUGAGCUUCCCUAUUGAGGGCCAUCACCCCUUUCUUUCACCUCAUGCUUGGUGACUCGCCCAGGACAGAAACUGCCACGCAGACCACAGGACGUACAAGCAAUUUGGAGACUCAAAGGGAACAGGGUGCUGGCAUUCGGCAUGUCCACAACUUUGGAGAUUCGCCUAGUGCAGUGUCUGACAUGUGGAAACACUCAAUAAACGCUGGUGGAGUUGUGUGAGGCUCUUUA